CGGCGCGGGCCGCGGCGGCGUGGCGCGGGCACCGAGGAGUAGCGGCGGGCCGCAGCCUUUGCCUUCGCGGGCCGGGUCUCACCCGACGUUUCCGGGUUUCGUCAGAUGUGAAGCCGAUGGAGCGGCCGGGGGAAGGCGAGCAGCCGCCUCAGCAGCAGCCGUGGGGGAGGCUUCUCCGCCUGGGCGCCGAGGAGGGCGAGCCGCACGUCCUCCUGAGGAAACGGGAGUGGACCAUCGGGCGGAGAAGAGGUUGUGACCUUUCAUUCCCCGGCAAUAAACUGGUCUCUGGAGAUCACUGUAAAAUUAUAGUGGAUGAAAAAUCUGGUCAGGUGUCGCUGGAAGAUACCAGCACCAACGGAACAGUAAUUAACAAGCUGAAGGUUGUUAAGAAGCAGACUUGCCCUUUACAGACUGGGGACGUCAUCUACUUGGUGUACAGGAAGAAUGAGCCAGAACACAACGUGGCAUACCUCUACGAAUCUUUACACGAAAAGCAAGGCGUAACACGAGACUCCUUCGAAGCUAAUAAAGAAAACGUGUUCCACGUGACCAAAGAUACCUCAGGUGCAGGGCGAGGCGACGACCCCCAGGAUCCCCAGGUCCUGCCGUCGCCACCCGCCACUCAGGUGUGCUUUGAGGAACCGCAGCCAUCGACGUCCACGUCGGACCUCUUCCCCACGGCCUCUACCUCUUCCAUGGAGCGCACCUCUGCAGGGCCAGGGCCUGCCUCCAGCUCCGGCUCGAGAGGUGCAGACGUCUCCCCAAAAGGGUGUGGUCCAUCUGUGGCAAGUGAGGAAAUCGCCAGCUUCCCUUUGGCUCUCUCUGAAAGAGAGGGGGCAUCCUUUUCUCCGUCGGAACCCCAGGAUCAGGAGGAGUUGGAGCCCGUUAAGAAGAGAGUAAAAGCAGACGGGGAGCCCACCCUGAACCUGCCCAUGCUGGUCGCAGACCCGGGCGGAGACCCCCAGAGUGCCCUUGACGUCAGAGCCGCGACCGUGAAGCCAGACAAGAUGGAGGAGACGCUCACGUGCAUCAUCUGCCAGGACCUGCUGCACGACUGUGUGAGCCUGCAGCCCUGUAUGCACACCUUCUGCGCCGCCUGCUACUCGGGCUGGAUGGAGCGCUCUGCCCUGUGCCCCACCUGCCGCUGUCCCGUGGAGCGGAUCUGUAAAAACCACAUCCUCAACAACCUGGUGGAGGCGUAUCUGCUGCAGCACCCGGACAAGAGGCGCAGCGAGGAGGACCUGCGCAGCAUGGCCGCCAGGAACAGGAUCACGCAGGACAUGCUGCAGCCCAAGGUCAGGAGGGCCUUCUCCGACGAGGAGGGGAGCUCCGAGGACCUGCUGGAGCUGUCGGAUGUGGACAGCGAGUCCUCGGACGUCAGCCAGCCGUACAUCGUGUGCAGACAAUGCCCCGAGUACCGCAGGCAGGCGGGGCGGCCCCUUCCCUGCCCAGGGCCCGGCAGUGAGCCAGGGGCACCGCAGGCCCCUGGGGAUGCACCAUCGACGUCCGUCAGCAUCACGACAGCCCAGGACUACGUGUGCGCCCUGCAAGGAAGCCACGCCAUAUGCACCUGCUGCUUCCAGCCCAUGCCCGACCGGAGGGCGGAGCGCGAGCGGGACCCCCGCAUCGCCCCCCAGCAGUGUGCCAUCUGCCUGCAGCCCUUCUGCCACCUGUACUGGGGCUGCGCCCGGACCGGCUGCCUCGGCUGUCUGGCCCCGUUCUGCGAACUCAACCUGGGCGACCGGUGUCUGGACGGGGUGCUGAGCAACAACAACUACGAGUCGGACGUCCUGAAGGUAUUCCUUCAUACCCGUCACACAAGAAGCCACAGGAAUUGUGUCCCACAGUUCCAGCUCCUGCUCGGCCUGCGCACAGUGGCGCAGGGGGCGCGGCCGGCCCUCGGGUGGAACCAGGACUGCCCUCUCGCUCUCUUCCCGCGUUUCAGGGGGCAGCCGGCUUUUAGAACUUCAGUGCUUAACGGGCACGUCAGUCUCUUGCCGGGAGUCUUGCCUUCACCUGGAUCGUGCGCGGCGUCGGCCGCCAGGGUGAAUGGCAGGCACCUCCUCAGCAUCGCGGUACUCAGGCUAGAUGUCCAUGGGGCACUUUCUUGUAGGUUUGCACAGAAGGAGCCAAGCAGCUCCACGUGUCUCGAGGGCAGAGCACAGAUCCAGACCCCUGGCUUCCUUGUCACGUGGUCAUGGGCCCGUUUCUGCACUGUGGCCACUCCGGCCAAGAAUUAUCUGGCCACCAGGGGUUUGACGUGGAAAAACAUGUUGACUGAGAGCCUUGGGGCUCUACAGAGGGGAGCGUUCCUGCUGUCUGAUUACAGAAUCACCGGGAACACCGUGCUGUGCUACUGCUGUGGCCUGCGGAGCUUCCGCGAGCUGACCUACCAGUAUCGGCAGAACAUCCCUGCUUCUGAGCUGCCGGUGGCCGUAACGUCCCGUCCUGAUUGCUACUGGGGCCGCAACUGCCGCACUCAGGUGAAGGCCCACCACGCAAUGAAAUUCAAUCACAUCUGUGAACAGACGAGGUUCAAGAACUAAGCAGCCAGGGAGGCAGGCAGCACAAUGGCUUGGGAGUACUGCCGGUCAAUGACAUGUGUCUCAGAAAAUACUGAAUACAGACGCUUUAAGGGCAUUUCACAGUCCCCCUCAGGGGACGCCGGGGGUCUCUGCGUCGGGCACUCUGGUGUGACCUUUCUCUUGUGGAGCGAGACCCUCUCGGCGAGAACCCCUACCAGUGGCGCCCAGAGCCCUGGGCCAGAGCAAGAGCCGUCAGCCGUCCCCUCCUGUUGAAGAUGACCACGAGGUUUGCUCUCUGUACCUUUCCCACAGCCACGGUCAAAGCAGACAUUUCUCUUCAAGAAAAGUGCCCUGGGAGAAGGGGAGUUUGUCAGAAACGCUGUGCUGUUUGAGGGAAGGGAACAAAGUUUCCAGCCGGGGCACGCACAGCGGCUGACCUGUGCACUUUCAUAGGUUUGGUGCUCAUCUCCUAAUAAGACUUAAAUAUCGCAAACUGUAGCACAAAUGAUAUAACUUAUAAUUUACAAGUUGACUAAAAUGGGAGAUAGUAUGAUAUUUGAAAGAAUAAGCAUACGUUUCUGUUUAUAAAAGAAAAAUCAUCAGACGUCCAGGGACCCCGGCGCCGAGGGCGUGCUUGGGUCACUGCCACUCCGGGCUCCUCAGCACAACUGCAGCCCCGCCAACCUGUCUGGCCUUCUUCACUCCUCCCCUGUGGCCGGGGCCGGGGUGGCCCAGGGACCUGGGGUUCAGGUGGUCCCUGGUGGCGCCCCGGCCCGCCUGUAGCAGCUUCUUCCCACCGAGAGCUUCCGCAAGUCCUUGCCCUUUCCGCCUGCUAUGGGUUUGCCGUGUCAUCUGGAAUAAUACUUGAAAUUUUAUUGUUUAAAAAAAAAAGUUUUUUAUCGUUUGUUGAAAUCACCCGUUACGUUUGUUUGCAAAAUUGUACCUUUUUUGCUUCUUCUCAGGAAUACGAUUUUCAACUUUGUGUUGCUCUUGAUACAGACUCUGAGAAGCAGCGCUCCGUGGAAGAAGGCCUCCUUCCUGCGUUCUAAUAAACAAGCCGUGUCUGUUUCUCUCCCCGG